AUGGCUGCCCAGAGAGUAGCCCUCAUCGGUGCCGGUGCCUCUGGCCUGUGCGCCCUGAAAUGCUGCCUGGAUGAGGGGCUGGUACCCACCUGCUUCGAGAGGAGCGGGGACAUCGGGGGGCUCUGGCGCUUCGAGGAGUGCCCCGAGGAGGGCCGCGCCAGCAUCUACCGCUCCGUCAUCAUCAACACCUCCAAGGAGAUGAUGUGCUUCAGCGACUUCCCCAUCCCCGAGGACUUCCCCAACUACAUGCACAACUCCAAGAUCAUGGAGUACUUCCGCAUGUACGCCCAGCGCUUCGACCUGCUCCGCCACGUCCGCUUCAGGACCAGCGUGUGCCGCGUGUCCAAGCGCCCCGACUUCGCCGCCACGGGCCAGUGGGAGGUGGUGACCGAGAGCGAGGGGAAGCAGGAGGUGGCCAUCUUCGACGCCGUGCUGGUGUGCACCGGGCACCACACCGAGGCAUACCUCCCGCUGAGCACCUUCCCAGGGCUGGAAAAGUUUGAGGGCUGGUACCUGCACAGCCGGGACUACAAGAGCCCACAGUCCUUUUCAGGGAAGCGGGUGGUUGUGGUUGGCACCGGCAAUUCAGGCAUCGACAUCGCGGUGGAGCUGAGCCAUGCAGCCAAGCAGGUCUUCCUCAGCACCAAGCGCGGGACCUGGGUGCUGCACCGGGUGGCGGAUGGCGGGUACCCCUUUGACUUCUCCUACCUCAGCCGCUUCAUACAGCUCCUCCAGAGCUUGCUGCCUAAAAACACCACCAGUUUUCUCCUGGAGAGGAAGCUGAACGCCCGCUUUGACCACAUGCUCUACGGCCUGCAGCCCCGGCACCGGAUCUUUGACCAGCACCCGACCAUCAACGACGACCUGCCCAACCGCAUCAUUUCGGGCAGGGUGCUGGUGAAGCCGAACGUCCAGGAGUUCACGGAGACGUCUGCCAUCUUUGAGGACGGCACCAGGGAAGACAUUGACGCCGUGGUCUUCGCCACAGGAUACAGCUUCUCCUUCCCCUUCCUUGAAGGCUGCGUGAAGGUGGUGGAGAACCAGAUCCCCCUCUACAAAUUCAUGUUCCCCCCUGACCUGGAGAAGCCAACACUGGCUUUCAUUGGCCUCGUCCAGCCUCUGGGUGCCAUCAUGCCCAUCUCCGAGCUCCAGUGUCGCUGGGCCACCCGUGUCUUCAAGGGGCUGCAGGACCUGCCGCCAUCCGCUGACAUGCUGGCCGACAUUGCACAAACCCAGCUCCCUGCCCGCAGGUACGUGAAGAGCCGGCGGCACACCAUCCAGGUGGAUUACAUCCCCUACAUGGACGAGCUCGCCUGCCAGGUGGGAGUCAAGCCCAACCUGCUCGCCCUCUUCCUCACCGACCCCAAGCUGGCGCUGGAGGUGGCCUUCGGGCCCUGCACGCCGUACCAGUACCGGCUGCGGGGCCCGGGCGCGUGGGCAGGCGCCAGGGAGGCCAUCCUCACCCAGUGGCAGCGUGUGGUCCGGCCCCUGCAAACCAGAGCCAGGGACCACCCUGUCCGCUCCAGCACCGUGCCCCACAUCUUCAAGGUCUUCUUCAGUAUCGGUUUGAUUGUGGCCACCCUUGUCUAUGUCUCGCUCUCUCCUUAACCUAAAAUGAAGG